AGCUAUGGGGCAUGGAAGUGAACAUGGCCAUGGCAAAAUGGAACUCCCUGACUACAGGCAAUGGAAAAUAGAGGGUACUCCACUAGAAAAGGUCCAGGAAAGGCUAGCUAAACGGGGUCUUAGGGAUCCGUGGGCCCGUAAUGAAGCCUGGAGAUACAUGGGUGGCUUUGCAAAACCUGUCACCUUAACAGAAGUCUUUACUAGGGGACUCAAGUGGGGAUUUGCAGCUUUUGUCGUAGCUCUCGGCAUUGAAUAUACACUGUUUCCUCCAAAGAAGAAUGGAGGCCAUCACUGAAGAUCAAAUAUGACAGCUUAAUUAUUACUAGGCUGAAACAUACAUAAGCCUGCUGCUCAGUCUGUACUUACAAUGUGCAUAUUAAAGUCUAUCAC